GCUUCUCCUUUUCUAUCUUCGCUUUCUCUUAAGUGGGCAAAAUAGGAAACGGAAGUAUCUAUUUGUUGCUUGGUGUAGUGCUCCAAAAGGUUUUUUAAUUAAGAAAAAAAAAAUCCUCUCCAGGUUCAUUUUGCAAUGAGUCCGAGCGUCCGCCGGCCCCCGAGUCCUCCCCCAUCCAAGUGUCGUUCAUUCUGUGAGGACGCUCGAGUCUGUCGGAGGGGGUCUGCGCCUCCAGCCGCACAGAGGGAUCCGUGAGCGAACGGGCUCGGGAUCCGGGGAGGCGCGGGGAGCACCGCCCCCCGCCCGGCAGGGAGGCGCGGGAGAGGCGGCGGCCGGGCACAGCCGGGGAAGCCCGUCCCGGGAGCCCGAGGGGCGCGGGCAGCGGCAGUGGCGGCAGUGGCGGCGGCGGCGGCGGCGGGGACGCGGCGUGGCUGCCGCAGGGGAGCGGCGGCGGCGGCGGCGGCGGGCGCGAGGGGCGGGGCGCACUCCGCAACUUCUGCCGCUGCCUCCUGGGCGCGCUCGGCCGAAGCGCGCGGUUGGUGCGCGCUGCGGGCUGCGGGGCGGCCAGCCGAGCCGUGCCCGCGGGCCCGCGAGCUGCGCGUCGCGGACGUCCGUCGGUGCCGGAGGCGCCUCCCGCAGGGAGUCUCGGCGCGGCCGCGCUUCCGCGUGGUCCGCAGCGGCUGGGGCCCUGGGACGUGCGGGGCCGCGAGGCCGAGCCGAGGCGCCCCCCAGCGGCCGGCGCGCGCUCCAUGGCUGGGCCGGGCGGAGCGGAACCCGCGAGGUGAAGCCCCCCGGGCCGGCGGCCGGAGCGCGUGGCGGGGGCGCCGGCUCCAUGGGCAGCAGCGCACAGCGGCACGAUGAUGGACGUUAACAGCAGCGGCCGCCCGGACCUCUAUGGGCACCUCCGCUCUUUGCUCCUGCCGGAGGUGGGGCGCGGGCUGCCGGACCUGAGCCCCGACGGCGCCGGCCCGGUCUCGGGCUCCUGGGCGCCGCACCUGCUGCGCGGGGUCCCAGAGGUGACGGCCAGCCCGGUGCCCACCUGGGACGCGCCGCCGGACAAUGCCUCUGGCUGCGGGGAGCAGAUCAACUACGGCAGAGCCGAGAAAGUUGUGAUCGGCUCCAUCCUGACGCUUAUCACGCUGCUGACGAUCGCCGGCAACUGCCUGGUGGUGAUCUCGGUGUGCUUCGUCAAGAAGCUCCGCCAGCCCUCCAACUACCUGAUCGUGUCCCUGGCGCUGGCCGACCUCUCGGUGGCCGUGGCGGUCAUGCCCUUCGUCAGCGUCACCGACCUCAUCGGGGGCAAGUGGAUCUUUGGCCACUUCUUCUGCAACGUCUUCAUCGCCAUGGACGUCAUGUGCUGCACGGCCUCGAUCAUGACCCUGUGCGUGAUCAGCAUCGACAGGUACCUUGGGAUCACGAGGCCGCUCACGUACCCUGUGAGGCAGAACGGGAAGUGCAUGGCGAAAAUGAUUCUCUCCGUCUGGCUGCUUUCGGCCUCCAUCACCUUACCCCCGCUCUUCGGGUGGGCUCAGAACGUAAACGACGACAAGGUGUGCUUGAUCAGCCAGGAUUUCGGCUACACCAUCUACUCCACGGCAGUGGCGUUUUAUAUCCCCAUGUCCGUCAUGCUGUUCAUGUACUACCAGAUCUACAAGGCCGCCAGGAAGAGCGCCGCCAAGCACAAGUUCCCCGGCUUCCCCCGGCCCGAGGAGCCGGACAGCAUCAUCUCCCUGAACGGCAUGGUGAAGCUCCAGAAGGAGGUGGAGGAGUGUGCCAACCUUUCGAGACUCCUCAAACACGAAAGGAAAAACAUCUCCAUCUUUAAGCGGGAGCAGAAAGCAGCCACCACCUUGGGGAUCAUCGUCGGGGCCUUCACCGUGUGCUGGCUGCCCUUUUUCCUCCUCUCCACGGCCAGACCCUUCAUCUGCGGCACGGCCUGCAGCUGCAUCCCGCUGUGGGUGGAGAGGACAUUUCUGUGGCUGGGCUAUGCAAACUCUCUCAUUAACCCUUUUAUAUAUGCCUUCUUCAACCGGGACCUGAGGACCACCUACCGCAGCCUACUCCAGUGUCAGUACCGGAACAUCAACCGCAAGCUGUCAGCUGCAGGCAUGCACGAGGCCCUGAAGCUCGCCGAGAGGCCCGAGAGACCCGAGUUUGUGCUGUAAGUACAUACCAGCUGGAUGACCCGAACAACUCAUAACUCUACUGGAGGCUCUGGAAGAAUGACUGGUGUCUAACCCAUAGCUCACAGCAAACCUUCGCAGGAUCCUUUGUCCCCCCGACAUGUCUCUCCAGCCCUUUCCUCCCUCUCUGGCUGCUUGGGUUCUAAUCUUGUUCACUUACGCCCCUAACUCUGCCUUCUUGGCUCUACUUUUCCCUCCUACAUAAUAGUUUUCUUUCUUUUCCAUGUAAAUGCUCUACUAGACCGUGUAUUUCUACUUCCAAAUAUCCACCCAUUUCUCCCCAUUUUCUUGAUCAGCAUAGUGAGAGACUCAGGAGUCCAACAGGCGCUUGGGUGGGCAGUAGAUAGAGAGAAAAGGCUAUGUAUGCUUCCCUGGUCAUUUCAGUUCAGUUCUAAUUUGUAACCUCUUUCACCUUUUCACAGGUACCCAAAUCUGGUAAUACAAAACCAAGUGUGAUAGUGCGAUAGAAGCAGGGAUUCCUGUGCUUUUCUUUUUAAUUUGACAGCAGCCUCAUUUAUGGAGUUGCUUUUGAUUGCCAUAAAUUGUUCUUAAGUGUCACGCUGUGAUUUUCGUUCUUUGACACUGUUAUUGGGAACAAAAUAGAAAAGCAGUUUUGGGGGCGCCUGGGUGGCUCAGUCGGUCAGGCGUCUGCCUUCGGCUCAGGUCAUGAUCCAGGAUCCUGGGAUCGAGUCCUGCAUCGGGCUCCUUGCUCAUCAGGGAGCCUGCUUCUCCCUCUGCCUGCCUCUCCCCCUGCUUGUGCUCUCUCUCUCAUAAAUAAGUAAAAUCUUAAAAGAGAGAGAUAGUGAAAGAGAGCAGGAGAGGGAUGGGAGGGAGAGGGAGAAGCAGACUCCCCACUGGGCAGGGAGCCCAUCUCGGGACUCGAUUCCAGAACCUGGAGAUCAUGACCCUAGCUGAAGGCAGAUGCCCAACUAACUGAGCCACCUAGGUGCCCCAGCCAGAGAGGUUUUAAGCAGACUGGGGCCUUGGGAAAAGACCAAAGACCAUUUCAUUGGUAACCUGCAAAUAAAGGGGAAGGAAUAGACGCCAAGUUUCAUUGAGCCCUAUAGAGUGACUUUGAAAAAAAUGUUGGUAUUGGGGCACCUGGGUGGCUCAGUCAGUUGAGCGGCUGCCUUCAGCUCAGGUCAUGAUCCCGGGGUCCUGGGAUCGAGCCCCGCGUCGGGCUCCCUGCUCAGCGGGGAGUCUGCUUCUCCCUCUCCCUCUGCCCCUCUCCCCGCUCGUUCUCUCUCUCUGUCUCUUAAAUAAAUAAAAUCUUUUAAAAAAGAAAAAAAGAGAAGCCGUUUUUAAAAUACUUCCAUAUAGAAGAAUUUCAUGAAAUUGUUUUGAAGUAGCUCUCCCUUCGCCUCUCCCUUCUUCUCCUUGGUGAUCAUAUUGCCUUUCUCUUCACAAAGCCUCUCAUAAUCCCGGCUGAUUGCAGUGGUGAGUGGUAGCAGAGUGACCUUGGCUUCCUUUUAUGAGUUCCGUCAAUCCGCUGCUCCAGGCUUUGUGCUGUAGCUUUGGAGUUCAGGGUGAUUCUACCUUUUGUUUAUGGAAACCUGUGGUUAAAAAAAAAAAAAAAAUUAAAAGGAAAUGGGUCCUAGUGGAAACCAAGGCCCUGAAGCUCUGGGUAUCUGUGCCGGGAUGUUGCCUUAAAGGCAGAAACAAAUAACACGGUUGGUAUUUCAUGGAUUCCACUCCCCACCCCCACCCCCCGACAAUAUUUUCCUCAUCAUUAACUAGAUGUAAUUCAACACUUUGUUUUUAUUAAAUCAUCAAUUAGUAAUAACCACAGCUUGUUUGCUUUGCCAUUGCCUGCAUUCUAACUUUGUAAUAUCUCUUUAAAAUAGGCAGGCAAUUGGCCUCUCUUGCUUUUUCGAACAUAUUUUUUUGUUGUUGUUUUCUGAGUAGAUACACAUAACACCAAAUAAAAUCAAGCAGUAACAGGGGCGCCUGGGUGGCUCAAUUAAGCAUCUUCCUUCAGCUCAGGUCAUGAUGUCAGGGUCUUGGGAUGGAGCCCUGUGUCGGGCUCCCUGCUCAGGUUUGAGUCUGCUGGAGAUUCUCUCUCCCUCUCCCUCUCCCUCUGCCCCCCCCCCACUGGUGCUCAUGCACUCUCUCUCUCUCUCAAAUAAAUAAAUAAAAUCUUUUAAAAUAAAAAUCAAGCAGUACGGAUAGGAAUAUGAGAAAAAUAAGGCUUGGGGGAAUGUCUUAGGAAAAAAACUAUCCAUGGUGGAAAUCAGGAAGGAGGUGAUAUUUGGAGUGGGCCUUGAAUUUAACAAGGAGGGAUGGCAGGGGCGGAAGUGGAGUUGGGCCUCCUCAGAGCAGAUGGGACAGCAUGGACAGAGGGGCACAGAUGCAGUUGGAGGCAGAUAAGGAACCUGGGGUAGGUCUUCAGCAGCACCUGGAAGCUGGGUUGAGUAGAGUCAGUGCGGAGGGCCAGGUGGGCAGUGUGGGUUGGGGGUUGGGGGAGAGAUGAAGCAUUUUGAGUAGGAGUGAGACCAGGGCAGUGGUGUAGACAGGGGUUCACAAUGGGAGAAAGGAGAUGGGUUAAGAGACCAAUAUGAAGAUGAGGUCUCCUGCCGUGAGGGCCCACAUGAGGAGGGUGGCAUUGAGACCAGGGAAGAGCCAACGAUGUCUGAAUGUUUGGUAGUGUACUCGCAGGUGGGGGGUGAAGGCAGGGGGGCCGGGGAGAUAGUGCUGCCCCUUGAGGCCUGGAGGGGUUCAGUCCAUUCCAUGAACCAAUGUGGGCAGAGCGGGGCUGAGCUGCAGAGAAGAGCAGUCUCUCCUCUGUGCUGAGACAGUUGGAGAUCCCAGGCUUAGAAUAGGUGGGGAGCAUCAUCAGGGACACAGCUGUUUCCGGUGCCCACUCCCACAAAUCAGGAGCUUGGAGCUGUGGGUUUGAGUUGCAGUGUGGUGCUUCGCUUUAGGCACAAUCCUGUGAGGUGACAGACAAAGCAAGAGAUGGUGUCUUAUGGAGAAACUGAUCCUGGCACCAGGAGAACCCCUCUAUCCAAUCUUGAGAGCCAAGUGAGAGUAGGACUGUUGUUGGGAUGGGGAAGCAGAGCCUGGGGGUGCGGUGCCAGACCCUGGAACCUCAACAGACCUAGGUCUCAAGCUGGUGGAUAGUGUUUGGUAAGUGGAGUCCUAUGAAGGUUCAGAGUUAGGGGACUGGAUCUGGAGGGAAUGUGGCUCUACACCAAGGAGAAAGAGACUUCCCUCAACUGUUGGCCAAGAGUUCUCCAUGACUCAUGCUUCUGUGAGUGUGGGAGGGAAGGAGGGGAGGGAGACGGGGUUUUCUGGUCUUUGCACACAUGUCUUUCUAUGAUGCACCCUCCUAGGCUUGAAGGGAAGAACACUUCUCAGGAGUAGUCAUUGUUAUUCUUUUCACGUGGGGCAAGUGCAGUAGUAUUUUGCAAGGAUUUUUGAGAGUGGAGCCAUUUUUGGCUACAGCUGUAUUAUAAAAGUGAAUUUCUAAAUGAGUUAUCUGGGGCUGAUUUGCAAAUAUAUUAAGGCCCUGGCAACUUAGAGACAUGAUAAAAUUUAUGAAAAGAGCCAUAGCACUCUUUCUUUCCUUUUAGAGAGCUCAUAUAACCCCUUAGAAGCCACAAAUGAUUCAAGUGACUGAAUGCUAUAAAAAUUAAAUCCACCCACCACGAAAUGAAAACUCACAUUUACGGUUCUACUAAAUCAUUUUCUUGUCUUCUCUCUCUCUCUUUCUUUCUCUCUCUCUCUCU